AUGUCCAGUGAUACAAGUCAUACGGGAAAUACGUUAGCUGAACAUCUUCAAUUAUCCAGUUAUCAGAUUAAUUUAUUGCAACAAAGUUGGCAACGGCUUCGUUGCUCACCAAACUUUGCUAUCAACAUUUUUCGGACUGUAAUUUCAAAAAAUGCAAUAGCAAAAGAAUUAUUCCGGAAAACAUUAAUUAUCGAUGGUUUUACAUCUUACAAAUGUUACGAUGUGAAAGAACAUGCCGAUGGUUUAAUAGAGCUUAUCGAUUUUGCACUGAAGGAAAUUCACAAUUCUAUCAAAGUUGUACAGGAUCGCUGUAUAGUGGUUGGUACAGCACAUUGUAAUAUAUCUGAAAAUGCAAUGUCUUCAUCAUGGGAUGAUUUUGGUGAUUCGUUAGUUGAAUCAAUCGCAAAAGCUGAACCAAUUCAUGGUAAACGUAAAUGUUUGAAAGCAUGGAAUGUGCUACUAUCAUUUAUCGUUGAUCGUAUGAAAGGUGGUUAUUUAGCAGAAAGUAAACGUCGCGCAUCAAAAAAGAGCUCAAGACAAGAAAACGCUGGCCCAUCAUCAUUGCAUACUUCAACAGCACCUGCAAUUUUAGAAUGUUACAAUACGAUAGAAUCGAACCAAUAA